AUGCAUGUCACACGAGAUUCUCUCUAUUAUAAAAGUCAGUCACGUUAUUGCAAAAAACUACCAAAUACCAACAACUACCUGCCACUCUGUCUGAAGCUUUGAGCUUUCAACCUUUCCAACAAUGGCAGCGAUAAUUGGUGAGUCUCCAAAGCUUGCUCUGUAUUCAUACUGGCAAAGCUCAUGUUCAUGGCGAGUUCGCUUCGCUUUAAACCUCAAAGGGAUUUCGUAUGAGUACAAAGCUGUGAAUCUUUCAAAAGGAGAGCAGUUUACACCAGAGUUUGAGAAAUUGAACCCUCUGCAUUUUGUUCCUGUUCUUGAUGAUGGUGAUGUUGUCGUGUCUGAUUCAUAUGCAAUCUUGUUGUAUUUGGAAGAAAAAUACCCUCAAAUAGCUCUCUUACCAGCUGAUCCCCAGCUUAAAGCUCUGAAUCUUCAGGUUGCCAGCAUAGUCACCUCUAGCAUACAGCCUCUUCAUAUGCUGUCAAACUUGAAAUAUCUUGUGCAAAAAGUUGGUCCACAAGAAUCACUUUUGUUUGCUCAAACUAAUGUGGAAAAAGGUUUCAAUGCUCUCGAGAAGUUGCUGAAAGACAUUAACGGCAAAUAUGCAAGCGGAGACGAAGUAUACAUGGCUGAUGUAUUUAUGGCACCUCAGAUAGCUGUGGCGAUGCAAAGGUUUAAAAUCGACAUGAUUAAUUAGCACUCAAGAAACCGACCGUAUGCGCUGGGUUUUCUUUUUGCAGUCCAAGUACCCUAGAUUGUGUCGGAUAUUCGAGUCAUUGAAGGCGUUACCGGAAUUCUUAGAUGCCUCGCCUGAAAGACAACCUGAUGCUGUACAUUAACUUGAGUGAGAAGAAACCAACAAUAAGACCUUGUUGCCUGUCCUGUAUUUGUAUUAAAUUGUUUGGAGAUUUUAGUGGUUAUUAUGUUGUUUGGUUUCUAAAUCCUGUUUUGUUGUUGUUUUUUUAUUUAAGUGAUCGAAAACUCGUAAUAUGUAUUAUCUCGUGGUAUUGUUGUUGUUGUAACAAUGUUAAAUCGAAUGUCAAGAUUACCAUUAGGCUUGGACUA